GCCACCCUUGUCAUCAUACGACGCCGUCGUGGCAUCCCGGUCUCCAUCACCACCCUGUUGAAUCCCCUCUCCCCCAUAAUUUCUCCUGUUCCCUUCCGCCUAUCCGUCGUCAGAUCCACCACCAAACGGAAGCUCCUUCGAUUUCACAACUGGCAAGAAGAUGGAAAUCUUUGCUUCCUAUGGCCUCGUCAAUGGGAUUUCUCUGUCUCUCUCCCUCUCUCUCGUGUAAGGCAAUCCCUCCCAACAUAAAGAAAAAGGAAAGUGGAGUUUGUUCUUUUAUCGUUGUCAUGCCAUUCCAAUCUUCGUGGAGGCGAGGUUUGCACAAGUUUAUAGUCGGAAGACAUCCGAGCUUUUCUUGUUUGCCCUUUCAAUCUGACCCGCUUGCGAUAGUUCGCAUCCCUUCUUUUUCUUCUUCUUCUCUUUAGUGUCAAGAUUUUCACAUCAAACUGCGAGCUGUGAACUCCUAUAUCAUUUCUCACCUUAAGACCUCCAUUGUGAAAAGUUCCAACUUUUCUUCACUCUCUUUCAUAAAGAGCCAAGGUUCGAUUCAUAGAUGAUGAGAUCCUUCUUGUCUUCAGGAAUCCACUACCAACUUUUAGAAGACAGCGAAGACAGGAUGUUUGGAGCCCAAGCUCAGAGAGAAGUGUCCGAUGGGUUUGUCCCGACAAGAAGACCCUAUUGGAUAACCUCAGCCACCCCUGGAUCCAGGGCCACCACCAUCACCUCUUCCAUUCCCAAGAAGUCAAGCAACUUCCCUGUCAAAUUCGAAGAUAUGUACGGGUUCACCGUCGAGGGGAACAUCGACGAUGUCAAUGUUCUGAAUGAGGUGAGGGAGAGGGUAAGGGAGCAGGGCAAGGUUUGGUGGGACCUCGAGGCGAGCAAAGGUGCAAAUUGGUACCUGCAGCCGCAAAUCUCAUGGAAUGGUGAGGGCAUCAGCGUCGCCUCGCUAAAGCUGUCGAAACUUGCCAACACAAUCACGUUGAAGAGGCUCAUCAGGAAGGGGAUACCCCCGGUGCUGAGGCCAAAGGUGUGGCUUUCCGUAUCUGGUGCGGCAAAGAAGCGAUCCACGGUGCCUGAGAGCUAUUAUGAUGAUCUGAUCAGAGCUACAGAAGGGAAAAUCACAGCUGCCACACGACAAAUCGAUCAUGAUCUUCCAAGAACUUUUCCCUCUCAUCCAUGGUUAGACAGCCCCGAAGGUCAGGCAUCACUUCGGCGGGUCCUUGUUGUGUAUUCUUUCCGGGAUUCAGAUGUUGGUUAUUGCCAGGGUCUAAAUUAUGUAGCUGCCUUACUGCUGCUAGUAAUGAAAACAGAGGAAGAUGCUUUUUGGUUGCUUGCUGUCCUCUUGGAAAAUGUAUUAGUGAAUGACUGCUACACUGAUAACCUUUCCGGAUGCCAUGUGGAGCAAAGGGUAUUUAGAGAUCUUCUUGCAAAAAAGUGCCCCAGGAUAGCCGUCCAUUUGGAAGCUAUGGAGUUUGAUGUUUCUCUUGUAGCCACAGAAUGGUUCCUAUGCCUCUUCUCAAAGAGCUUACCUUCAGAGACAACACUACGGGUUUGGGAUGUUCUGUUCAACGAGGGGGCAAAGGUUCUUUUCCAUGUUGCCCUGGCAUUCUUUAAGAUGAAGGAAGAAGAGUUGCUACAGGCCCUUCAAAUCGGCGAGGUAAUUGAUAUUCUGCAAACGACCACCCAUCAUCUAUACAACCCUGAUGAAUUGCUGAGGGUAGCUUUUGAAAAAAUUGGUUCUAUGACUAGCAACACAAUCACAAAGGAAAGGAAGAAACAGGAACCAGCAGUCAUGGCUGAGCUCGACCAAAGGCUGAGACGACUCAAUAUGUUGAAGACAAACGAGUGAUAGAUACACUGGAGCGAAACCAGACAUUCAAACUUGGCCGGUCGAUGCUACUGCGGAGAUGGUAGAAGGUUUCGUCCCAAUGUGCGAAGACCGGAGAUUAAAAUAGCAAAGUGAGAUUAUUUCAUAGAUAUCAUGACUUGGGUUCGGGGUAAUAACCAGCCUGAUAAAAUUUUCUGUAGUCGUGUAAAAAGAAUUUGGUCUCACUCUGAAAGAAAGAAAGAAAGAAAAUUCACAGAGUUCAGAUCUUCCUACUCCCCAAGUCCAAAUACGAGAACAAUCUAAAGAUGAACAUGCCAAAAGAAGCCUUAGCA